AUGUCCAAGAGUCAUUCUAAGGGGCCCACAAAUCGCAAAUCCAAGGCCUCCUGGUUGGCAUACAAGCGCCAGGUCACGGGAAUUCGUUGGGUCCUAAUCUGUGUGUCGAUCUUCUCAGCAAACCUACUCUACGGACUCGAUAACACCAUUGUUGCCGACAUCCAGGCCGACAUCUCGGAAGCUUUCUGCAAUGUUGUUGAUCUCGGCUGGCUCGGCAGUGGCUUCUGCUUGGGCUGCACCGUGUCCAGCUUUCCCGUGGGUCGAGCAUACAGCCUGUUCGACACCAAGUGGAUAUACAUUGGCAGUUUGAUCAUGUUUGCAGCUGGGAGUGCUCUCUGCGGCGCGGCCCCAACUAUGAAUGCCAUGAUCGUGGGGAGAGUUUGGGCCGGAGCUGGUGGAGCUGGCAUGUAUCUCGGCACACUCAACCUCCUCACGGCAUUGUGUCUUCCCAGCGAGCAACCCGUAUUCGUGGGCAUGAUUGCGUUGGUCUAUGGUUCAGGAGCGAUUGUUGGCCCUAUUGCAUUUUACAUCAAUCCUGUCAUCGUUGGAGCUCUGCUCCCGCUCUGCAUAUAUGCCCUUCCAUCCAUUCCCCGCAGCCAAGAGUUGAGAGUGAGAAUGAAACUACGCGCUUUCGACUGGUUCGGUACUUUCCUAGCCGGCGCCAUGUAUUUCUUCUUCUCAUUUGGCCUUUCUAUGGGCGGUGCGCGCUGGGCCUGGAGCGACGCUGCCACUAUUGGCUGUCUGGUCAGUUUUGGCGUCUCGCUCGUCGUCUUUUUCCUUUCUCAAUAUUGGUGCAUCUUCACCACGCGUGCAAACCGACUCUUCCCUGGCCAAUUUUUCCGGAACGGACAAAUGGUAUUGCUGUUCAUAUGCACAGCAUGCGGGAUAUGCCCCAUCUUUGUGAGUAUCUACUACAUCCCGCUAUACUUCCUCUUCGUGCACGGCGAAAGCGGCACUCUAGCUGCCAUCCGCAUGUUGCCCUUUGUGUGCGUCUACAUUGCCAGUGUCCUCGCUUGCGGUAUCAUCAUGCGUCGCACCGGUUACCCCAUCAUGUGGUAUCUGUUUUCAGGAGUGUUUCUCAAUCUUGGAGGAGCUCUUUGGUCCACCGUUCACGACAAUACCGCCGUGUCUACAACUUAUGGCUAUUCCGUACUAUUGGGUCUCGGAAUGGCCACCACGCAAGCGGGCUACUCGCUCGGGCCCAAGUUGGCAAGCCCUUCUGACUUCCCGAACGUGAUUAAUUUCUUGAACGUUGCGCAGCAGUCAAGCCAGCUUAUUGGGCUCGUUGUCGCGAGCGCAAUUUUCCAGAACUUAACCUUUCGCGAUCUCAAACGUGUCUUAUCUGGAACUGAUUUCUCGGAUGCCGACAUUCAGGGUGCGAUGGCUGGUGCGAGGAGCCUGGUCCUGGAAAACGUCGGUCCUGAACUCCGGCAGAAGUGUAUUGAGGCAAUUGUGAGGACCCUGGAGAAGGAGUGGUAUAUUGUGGUUGCCUGUGGUGGAAUAUACAUUAUCUGCUCCGUCUUUAUGAAGCGGGACAGGUUCUAUUCUGUACAGCCUCCACACAAGGCCUAG